GACGUAAGAUUAUAAAAACUUCCGUUCUUUUUGCGCUUAUGCUUGCGCUUACGUCGCUUGACGUAAGACGAUUUCCAUAGAAUUAGAAAAGAAAAAUGUCAAACAAGGCUGAUAAAAUGAUAUGGAAUGUCAACAAGUUUUGCCUUCAGCCCCAAUUCAAUAGUUAGUUCGAGAGCGAAAUAAUUGAGCUGCCAAGAAAGAUGAGCGCGCUUGUUUGCUCAAAAAGACACUUUGUUAAGUAUUAAUACUUGCGGCACGAUGUGACGCGAUUGUCAGAUUGUUUGCGUCUCAUGUUUCCAUAUUGAUGUUGGAUUCUCAUCCACUUAUCUUGUCACCAUGGUAGACUAAAGGUUAUCCAAUUAAAACUGGAUGAUCUUCUGCUGUCAUUCUACCUCAUAUUAGCAAGGGACAGAAACAACAGUUAGCUGGCAUAAGCAUUUGCGUGAUUUCGCAAGGGUGUUGAAUGAAAGAACUUUUGACUGCUAUUGUAACCUGGAAGUCGUGUUCUUCACAGCCACGUCCAUGGCUUUGUGGUGGAAAAGAACUAUGAUGAUGCCGCUUCUUAUAAUGAUUUUUAAUUCAGAUUUGUCAUCAGGCAGUUCUCUCGUGCUGAACCUGCGCUAUGGCAAUCAGAACAGCUCCCUGGAAUUCCUCGCAAAGCAGCUAAACGUGGAUGCGAGGUGGUUCUGUCGGUCAUCUGAGUCCCUCUCGUGUGCUGGGCGAUGCGGUAGAACACAAGACAGAAUGGCGCGGCCUUCACCUUCGAAAUGUUACUGUGACGAUCUUUGUUCGUCACUUGGCGACUGUUGCUAUGACUACAUACCAAGGUGCGAAAAUGCAACUGAAUGGCGAAAACUUGGGCCUGGUACAAGGACGUGUGUAGAUGGCGUGAUAGCUAUAUCAAGAUGCCCUUCACUCACCAUCGCAAGCAAAGCAGUUAUCAGUGGCUGUCAUAGCGCCAGCAGUCAACCAGAAAAUCUGCUCAGCGGUGCUCCAGUUUACGACUAUGCGCAGGGAGUCUCCUACAGAAACCUAGAUUGCGCAUUGUGUAACAACGCAACUAAUGUCACCUUCUGGUAUUUAAAGGUCGCAUGUCCUAAAAGCGUUUCGACAGCGCUUGGUAAUAUGACAGCUUUACUAAUUGAUGUCAGAGACAAGUGCACUUGGGAAUAUCAAGUCAAGAACGACAUGAAGAAACUCACCUGUCAAUCACCUGAUGACACAUGCAAACGAGGCUUGAGCGGCGAUUCAGUGAUAGACCGAUACCAGGCAAUAGUUCACGACCUCUGUCACAUGUACGCACUUCCUAUGUACCCAACGCUCAUGCUUCAUGUCGGACGAGGGCUACAAAUUUUCAAGCCAAUACGGAACCCACAUUGUUUGGUAUGCCUUAAUAUUACAAGUCCCCAUACCUGUCGAGAAUUCUUUCCAAAUAAGGGAUCAUUAUCUCCUGACCUAGGAAUUUUAUUCAGCCUGAGUCCUGGUCGACAACCCCAGAUAUCCGUAACUGAAAGACAUUCGACCACAAAAGGUACGUUUAUAAGGGAUGCCGACACUACAUCAAUGCCAAUGAUGCCGUCUGGGAACUACUCUACACUCCAUGCGCUCAACUGCACUCUCUUGGUGAUCAACAAAGCUGACUAUAAAUCUCUGGAAAACUCAAGUGUGUUUGUCCCGAGCCUUUCUAGAAUCUACCCGAACAACUCGUAUUUCAUCGUGAACGAGUCGCUCUUUGUGUGCUCGAGUGAGGAAAAGGGAGGCAUGGCCCAUAGUAAGGUUUUGGUACCGACUGGAAUAUCCGUCUUACAGAUAAUCACCUACGUUGGGCUUGCUGUGUCUUUCGUAUCUGAGGUACUGCUAUUAGCAGUGUAUGCAGCGAUGAAGCAGCUUCGAAACGUUCCCGGUUUAAACCUCAUGAGUUUCGUAACGGCGCUGAUAAUGUACCAAGUGAUCUACCAAACCAUUGGUCUAGACGUCAAAGAGGAAAUUUGUAUUGUUAUAGCGACGACUCUGCACUACUUCCUAUUGGCUGCAUUUGCAUGGACGGGUAUCAUGGCCUAUGACACCAAGAAGACGUUCAGUACAGAGAGCAUUCGUCAUGGUUACAGCGCAGGUCGGUUCCUUAGGUACUGCGUGACAGCUUGGGGAGGCCCUUUGAUAUUUGUGCUGACGUGUGUGACACUAGACAGAGCUGUCCCCAUGGUAACAGUCGGAUAUGGUUCAGGGGGGUACUGUUGGAUUGGCAGCAGCCUCGGUCUCGCUAUCACCUUCCACGUACCCAUCGCCCUCUUCUUGGUGUUCAACUUGGUCUGCUUCACUCACACCCUCGUCUCUAUUCGUCGAACCAUGAAGAACACCCGCGUGGUGCGCACCAAAAGGACAUCAAGCCUGCUAACGCUAUGCGUCAAGCUCUCCUCUGUCAUGGGUUUCACGUGGGGACUGGGUUUAAUUGUUGGGUUCGUCCAUUCGCCGUACUUGCUCUAUCCCUACGUCAUCCUAAACAGUUUUCAAGGUUUCUUUGUUUCCUUGGUGUACCUUUCCAACACAACCACGAUCAAACACAUCAAGUCAAGUUACAAAAGGAGGGGCCCCAUAACGACGCAAUCAGUAGAAAAACUUGUGUCACUGGAACUCCGCCAGACGAGGGACCACUCAACCCUAGUGCCCCAAUAAGAGAAACGAGCUGAUAAACUAUAUAGAUUUUGAGGCUUGACAAAAGGAAAUGUCAAAACAUCGACAAUGGUUACCAGGGACGACAUUUGGCUCUGGGCCCUGUCUAAUGUACAGCUAAGAUUGCUAGUGACGUCAUAUGCCUCUAAACCCUGUCUAAUAUACAGCUAAGUUACUAGGUUACUAGGGACGACAUAUACCUCUGAGCCUUGUCUAAUAUACAGCUAAGUUACUAGGUUACUAGGGACGACAUAUACCUCUGAGUCUUGUCUAAUGUGCAGCUAAGUUACUAGGGACGAGAUAUACCUCUGAGUCUUGUCUAAUGUGCAGCUAAGUUACUAGGGACGAGAUAUACCUCUAAGCCUUGUCUUGUGUACAGCUAAGGUUGCUAGGGACGUGCCUCUAUGCCUCCUUCUAGUGUUCAGCUAAGGUUGCUAGGGACGUACCCCUGAGCCCUGUCUUGUGUACAGCUAAGGUUGCUAGGGACCGGUUGCUUUUAGUUGUUCGCAAGUGUUAGACAAUUAGGAUGGCCAUCAUUCUUAGUGUAAAAGCUCUUUUAAAGCAGUGUAAAAGUCAUAUUAAAGCAGUGUAAAAAAUGCUAUUGAAAUAAAGCAUUGUAAAAAUCAUAUUAAAUCAUUGAACAUCCUAUUAAAAGAAGUCAUAUUAAA